AAACGUCGCAGAGACCUGAGCGGAGCAACGACGCGCCACCAGAGCAGACGGGAAGUGUUCGACCAAAUGCUUCAAUGGCGAAAUCGACGCAACUCUCCAAAGUAUCGCUCGCCUUCCUCCGCUUCACGAGCACAGCUUCUGUCGCUAGGCCACGCUGCAUCGCCGUUCCCUCAAAGCUUAAACCCCUCAUGCUAAGGCAUUUCUCAACGACCUCAACUCCAUAUCCACUUCAAUAUGAGAUGAUCGUAUCUCGCCCAGUCGAGCCCCCGCGGAACCAUGGUCGCCGCCGUAGCCUACGGAGCCCCAUCGCAAAUUCCAAACCCACCGAGUCUCCGGAACCCGACUCGGAACUCGGAUUCGAUGACUGGGUCGAAAGGAAAUUAAGCUCAACUCCAUCUUCUUCACAAAGCCCAGCUGACCAGACCAAUGAUACAGAUACAGGAAUGGACAAGGCUAAAAGGAAGUAUUACAAUAAGAGGAGGAAAAGAAUGUUUGGGUCGGAUUCGGAAGACGAGGGUAACCGCCGGGAUGGUAGUGAUUUUGUGGAACUGAAGCAAGAAGUUGUGGAGCUACGUACGUUGCAUAAGAAAGAGGAGGAGUUGCAUUUCUAUGAUGCAUUUGCGUAUCCCUGGGAGAAGGACAAGCAUUAUAAGAUGGUUUAUCAAUUGGAGAAGAAGUACUUUCCUGAUCAGUGUUUCGAUAAGGCUUUUCUCGAGCCUGGUCAGUCCAAUGAGAGUACACCGAAGGGGAAAAGGAAAGUUGGCAAAAGUGAAGAUCGUAAAGAAGAAGCUGCAGAUCGCGUGCAAGAUACAGGGUUGGUGUUCUUUGAGACUGAAGAGAAGACUGAGAAUACAGAGUGUGAGACUAAGGAUGCCAAAGUGGACGUUUCAGAGAAGAAAGUUGAGGAAUUCUUCAAGUGUUUGAAGACAGUUCCAAAUGACAGCGACAGAGGUGGUGUUUCCAGUGCCGAGCCAUUCUUUUCUUCAAGGAAUACAGGCCUUCCUCCGAAAUGGGAUAGCCCUGCUGGGACUGUGGUUUUAGUGAACAAACCAAAAGGUUGGACUUCAUUUACAGUUUGUGGAAAGUUGCGCCGCCUAACCAAAGUGAAAAAGGUAGGACAUGCUGGGACUCUUGAUCCUAUGGCCACUGGUUUAUUGAUUGUAUGUGUUGGUAAAGCAACAAAGCUGGUUGAUAGAUACCAGGGUAUGAUUAAGGGUUAUAGUGGAGUUUUCCGACUAGGAGAAGCCACCUCUACAUGGGAUGCGGAUUCCCCGGUUAUUCAACGUGAACCAUGGGAGCAUAUCAAGAAUGAGGAUCUAAGAAAAGCUGCUGCAUCCCUUUCUGGAGAGAUAUGGCAAGUCCCUCCAAUGUUCUCUGCCAUCAAAGUUGGUGGUGAAAAGAUGUAUGAGAAAGCAAGAAGAGGUGAAAGCAUUGAACUUUCACCAAGAAGGAUUUCAAUAUUCCAGUUUGACAUUGAACGUAGUUUAGAGGACAGACAAAACGUGAUUUUCCGGGUAAUAUGCUCAAAAGGAACCUAUAUUCGAUCGCUCUGUGCAGAUUUUGGGAAGGCUCUGGGCAGUUGUGCUCACUUGUCAGCCUUACGAAGAGAUUCAAUUGGAGAAUACAAAGCAAAUGAUGCUUGGGAAUUUCAAGAGUUGGAAGAAGCAAUAACCAAAGGAUACUUGUAGAGUAUUUACAUACUUCUCGUUUCAUUAUGAGGAUAUAGAUCACAUAGGACCAUGAUUUUACAUAUUCACAGGCAUGGGAAAUGUUGUUACCCUCUCUUUACUAUCUUAUUGUUAUUAUUCUUUUCAUGUGGAAUAUUUCUUGGUAUGUAAAAACCAACCAUUUUCCACAUAAGAAGUGUAAGCUACUGCUCCCUAUUAAAGAAAAUGUUGAGACUUCUUUAUCA